AUGGGUGCCGUCGUAUCUUGCAUCACCGGAAUGUUCCGCGCUAUUGGCGCCGGUCUCAUGGCCAUCGUUAACGGAAUCGGAGCCAUCCUCCAAGGCAUCAUCGGUGCCAUCGUCGCAUUCUUCGACGUCCUGAUCUCAUGCCUCACAUGCGGACGCGGUGGUGGCAGGAGAAAGAGGAGCCACGGACGACACACAAGCACGAUAUAG